AUGCCGACAAAUAUCUUCAUAUCUAAUACAACUGAUUUAACACUUGAUCUUUCAAUAAAAUCUUCAUCGAAACGAUCAAUGUCAUCAAUAAAAGCAACAACAAUUGAUAAUUCUUCACCAUCAUUAACUAUUUCUGAUCCUGGUGGUGGUAGUAGUAGUAAUUCAAUAAUAGAUAAUGAUGAAGUUAAAAUAUUUGAAUGUGAAAAACAUGAAGAAGAUGUUGAUAUUGAUGGUGAUGAAGAUAAUGAUCGACUUUCACCUGUUAUUAAAGAAGAAGAAGUAAGAAAAAUUAUUUUCAUAUCUUUCAAUAUCAAAAUAUUUAUCUUUAAGUCAUCACCACAACAAACAUCAUCAACAAAUCUUACUGAUCGUUUGAACAGUGAACAACAAUUGCAUAGUUUUUUUCCAUAUUUUAUUUCACCAUAUUAUCAUCCAAGUAAUGCAACACAAUCUUUUGACAAAUUGGCUUCAUUAGAAUCUUUAUCAAAAUUCAUGUCUCCACCACCGGCUCAUAUAUCCAACUCUAAUUUAGGCAUUGAUCAAAAUACAGGUAUACCCAAUGCAAUGUAUCCAUUACCAUCACCCACGUCUUUUCAAUCACCAUAUUCUCAACAUUGGCGUCCACCUAUGUUUCCAUUUGUAUUUCCACCAAAUUAUUCAUUAUCUCAAAAUUCUUCAUCUCAUUCAAUUCCAUCAUUACAAAAACGAUCAACACAUAUUCGACGUAUUAUAGACAAUAGUCCUCAACAACAGUCUAAACAAUCCGUAUUUCAUGAUGAUAAUAAACAAAAAAAAUCUCAUAUAAAAAAACCUUUAAAUGCUUUUAUGUUAUUUAUGAAAGAACAACGAGCACAAGUUGUACAAGAAUGUACAUUACGUGAAAGUGCUGCAAUUAAUCAAAUUCUUGGUCGAAAGUGGCAUGAACUUGAUCGUAAUGUUCAACAAAAAUACUAUGAUAUGGCACGUGAUGAACGUAUGAGACACAUGCAAUUAUAUCCUGGAUGGUCAGCAAGAGAUAAUUAUGGUGCAAGAAAAAAACGUGGAAGUAAAGGAAAAAAACGAGAAAAAAAUCCAGGUGAAAAUGGAGAAUGUCUUAAUCAAAAAAAAUGUCGAGCUAGAUUUGGUCUUGAUCAACAAGCAAAUUGGUGUAAACAUUGCAAACGAAAGAAAAAAUGUUUACGUUAUACAGAAAAUGAAACAACAUCUGUUGAUGUUAGUUCUUGGAGUGAAGAAGAGGAUACAGAUAAUAUUGAUGAUUCAAAUGAUUGUGAUGUUAUUCCAAUAAAUGAACAUAAUAAUAAUUUAUCUAUUCAUACAGGUAUAUCAAUGGAUUCAGAUGAAGAAAAUAAAUUACGUUUAUUACAAUAUCAACAAAUAUCAAAUUCAAAUGAAAAUAAUUUAAUAAAUAAGACACCUAUUACAAUGACAAUGAUGACAUCAAGAAAAGAUUCAUCAUCAUCAUCAUCGUCAUCUUCAAAAGUUUCUUUUCUUCAACCAUCUCAUCCAUAUCCAUAUUUUGAUUCAUUUUUAUCAACAACAUCAAUGCCAAUAUUAAAUGACUUUAAACGAGAACCAUAA